AUGAAGACUUUCUCAGUCUACCGCUGGGUGAGUGGCUUGUUUCAAAUUUCUUUGCUCAACCAGUACUAUAGUUAAACCUCCAUUAAGCGGCUACAUAUCGUUGUAUGAGCGCGACCUGGUAUUGAACCAGGAGGUAUGUGCAAGGCGCUAAGGAAACAUGGUGUGUUUGUCGUAAGCUCAUUAGACUUGUCUUCUCUUUGUCUUUGCUCAUAGCAGUACCCAAGUCUUAGAACUCUUAUUAUUUUGGACCAGUAUUGCUUCUCCCAUUGCAAGUUUGUUUUAAAACAAAGUCUGCUAAAGUUUUGCUUAUUUAAGAUGAACCUCUAUUGAGCUGCCAACCUGAGUCCGUAAGUGGCUACUUGCUGGUACCUUAAGGGUGGCUGCUUAAUGGAAGUUCAACUGUAGUUAGAAGUACAGGCCUCGUUGUUCAAACGUUGGAUAGUGCUCUCCACCAGAUAAAUCACUAUCCAGUGGGCAAGUAUUACGGAAAUCAAUAUUACGCUAACCGCUGGAUACUGAUUUAUCCAGUGGAUAGGGCUACCCAUUGUUGAACAACUGGGGCCUGGUAAUCAUUAUUAAUUUUGCUAUGUUGCAGACAUGGGUUGGGAGAGGGGUGUCACGGGUGUGACCUAAAGGUACCCAUCAGACCAUCACACCACAUGUGCUGCUUUUGAAACAAGUUUGUUACCUCCAAUCGUGACCCUAGUAAUAAAAGCUUUGAUAGAUUUCUAACAGCAAUGCUGGGAAUUAACCAAGUCAUUUUUGGCACAAUUGUCAUCACAGACUUCCUCCAUCUAUACUAAGAGUUAAAAAAAAGUAUUUUCAUUUUUAUUUUUAGGAUCCAGAUAAACCAGGUGAUAAGCCAAGAAUGCAGCAAUAUGAAGUGGAUCUCAAUAGGUUUGUGCCGUCAUUUUCUGUGUUUUAGGCAAUUGUAUCUAGUAGCUACUGGGCUUUUUAACAAAAUCUCUAAUGGCUGCCUCGUAAAAUUAAGUCAGCAGUAAAAAAAAACGUUGGCCUUAUACAUCAUUUGACCUUGUUAUGAUGGUGAUAGUGAUGACAAUGAUGAUGAUGAUGAUGAAAUUAUAGCACCCAUUACUUUAUUGGUGUGCUUACACAGGUAAUAAAAAGCCUGAGCUCAAAAAUAAGGAAACCAAACUUAAGCUGGAACUAAUUUGAUUUCUGUGAAGAGGAGGGUAUCAUGUAGAUAAUAUCCACUCCAAGGGUAAAUGUUUAUUUUUAAUCAAGGUUAUUGCCAACAGUGAAAAGUACUAUUAAAUCAAGGUUUUCCAGAGUUUGAAUCACCAACAAGCUUAUCCUACUAGGUUGAAUAUUGUUGAAGCCUGAGAAAGAUUUAACUUACAAAUGCAUACACAGUACAUGUCGAUGUCAAAUUUAAACAAAGUUUUGUACUUCACAGAUGCGGCCCAAUGGUACUGGAUGCACUGAUCAAAAUAAAAAAUGAAAUUGAUCCCACACUUACAUUCAGGCGCUCAUGCAGAGAGGGUAAAUAUUAUCUCUAAAUGUUAUUUUUCUUUCUUAUCUCCAUUUUGAUACGUUUUAUCAUUAAUUAACUUUUUUGUUUCAUUCAACAGGAAUAUGUGGCUCUUGUGCUAUGAACAUUGCAGGGACCAACACAUUGGCUUGUAUCAGGUGAGAUAAUUCUUUCAGCACCUGGAGAAAGCAAUCCCUUUGUAUUCUCCUUAAAAUUUUUCCCUUUUGUAAGCACUUAAUUAAAGACAAGAUUAUUAUUAUUUUCUUCUUUUUUCAAACCUCAGUCAGGGUCGUCAUUAAGAGGCGGGGGCCGGGGAUUUUCCUUGGCUACUAAGAGAGUGGCCCCCAGCUACUUUUAUUGGCAAAUACAAGAAAAAUAGAACAAAAAGAAAUACCUAGCAGUUUGAUUCCCUGCCUACCUGUUGUAAUUACCCGGCAACUUGAAAUCUUAGUGACAACCCUGCUCAGUUGUUUUUGUUGUAUGGAUUUAAUUUUCUGUUAUAAUACAAUGUAGAAAUAGAGAUCAUAAAAAUAACGAGAGCUUUUUCUUUUCAGUCGAAUUAACCCUGACGUUGGGAAGAAAACAAAGAUAUACCCCCUGCCACACAUGUAUGUGGUAAAAGAUCUUGUACCGGUGAGUUCAGUUUUAUGACAGUGAUCUCUGUUGUCACAAUAAGGUACUUCAGCUGAACACUAAACAGCUACAACCAUGUUUUAUUUUAUUUUACAUAUUAGAGAGACUAGGUUAAUUUUAAGAGUUUAUUCUGUCUGACAUUUAUUUAGGACAUGAACAAUUUCUAUGAGCAGUAUCGGUCAAUUGAACCAUAUCUUAAGAAGAAAACUGAGGUGGAAUAUGGCAAGGAACAGUAUUUACAGUCCAUUGAAGACAGAAAGAAACUGGUGAGUUGAUACGGAUAUUACUACUUCUUUUCUGUUAACUACAGGAAGUUAAAUGACCCCAUAUAUGACUAUUCCUCGGCAGGACCAUGUUCUAACAGAGCCCAGUAGCCCCUGGCAGGCAACUUUUGCUCUUUGGCGACUAGGAUUGACAGGUUAAGAGCACUGGGCCCCCUUCAAUUUUACUUAGAGCACAACCUUGGUAAGGAAACAUCAAGGGUAAACAUAAAAUUGCCUUGGCCUUUCAUUUACCCCAUGAUGCAAGGGUUUUCAUGUGUGUUUCUUGUGAUUCAUUUCAACUUUUACCCAAGAACUUGAGUAGAAACUCUUGCUACACAGGCUAGCUUUCGUUUAAAGUACCUUGCAAGUAUCUCAGCACUUCUUGUCCUAGCCUAUUCUGAGACUGAUCUCUCUUUUUUUGUAUUUUAGGAUGGAUUGUAUGAGUGUAUCCUGUGUGCAUGUUGUAGCACAUCCUGCCCUAGCUACUGGUGGAAUGGAGAUAAAUAUCUUGGGCCAGCAGUUCUUAUGCAGGCCUACCGCUGGAUGAUUGAUUCUCGGGCAAGUAUUAACACUACGUUCUAUUCCUGUAACUUUGCAGUAUUAGUAGUCCAGAUUUUUUUCUGCUGUACUUGUUUUUCCCUAUAAUGUUUACUGAUAAACUACAGUGUAUUACAUGUGCUCUGUUAAAAGCAAAAAUUAUUUAGUUUCUGGGUUAACUGUUAAAUUAUUGGCUUCUUAUUUAACAUAUUUGAUUUUGUUACACCCCAUUGUGAUUGGGCAAAAGCAUACUUAAACAGUUUACCUGUAACAAGUUAUUUUAGUAAUUUUUUUUUCAUUUUUUUUGUUGUCACUAUAUGUAACAUUGGCUUCCUAACUUUAAGUAUAUAUACGUAACCUUGUUGUAGGAUGACUACACUGAAGAGCGCUUAGCUCAACUUGACACAGAUCCGUUCAAAGUGUACAGGUGUCACACUAUCAUGAACUGCACAAAGACUUGCCCCAAGGUAUGGUAACUCUGCAUAUUUUCACUGAAUAAUAUACAGGCUGUAUGUUUACCUUUUUUGUGCACAAUGAAUGAGAUUAGAGAAAAGCCACAAUAAUAUUCUACCUACAAAAAAAUAAAUAAGAAUGAUGGCAUGGUAGCCAGGUGCCCUAUACUCUACACUUCGGACCUGUAGAUUCAGGUUCAAGCCUUGCCACCCCAUUGUUUCACUAGACAAGAAACGUUGCUCCUCUUUGGUCUCGAUUUACCCUUUACCCAGGUGUAUAAAUGGGUAUCAGGGGGGGGGGAGGGGGGAACCAUGUGAUGAACUCACAUCCCAUCCAGGGAAUGAGGAUAAUGGCAAUUUGCACUUAAAUAGAAAUUGCCUCAUCAUUGAUAUACAUGUAAUUAGUGUAAAUAUUAUUAUUCAAAGAUUAAUAAGGAAGUUAAAGCUGUAGCAGUGACUGUGAGUCCUCUUCACACCAAUGAUUGGGAGUUAGGUUUAGUGUAUUUCUCUGUUUGGCCAAACAUAUGGGAACCAGCCUUAUGAUAACUAAAACCAGGACUUUCAUUGAGGGCCCAGGACCAGAUAUUUCCCCCAGCUACUAUGAGCAAGAGCCCUGGCUCAUUUCAUAGUAAAAAGAAUGAAUUCCUAGCUGUUCAAUUCUCUGUGUACUAACUUGAAAUCUUAUCAACAGCCUUACAGGUAACCUAUCUAAUCUUCACUGUUAAUAUUAUUCUUCGUCCAGGGACUAAAUCCAGGAAAGGCUAUUGCUGAAGUGAAAAAGAUGUUGUUCUCUUAUCAGACCAAGAAGGCUGCUGCAGCUUAA